AUGGAGGAGUUGCGGGAAAAGUAUCCGAACUAUGAAGAAAUGGAUACAGAAACUUUAGAUGAUGAAUUACUAUAUCUUGAUAAGGAUCUUAGGGAAAGUGAAACUACUGAGGAGACCCACGAUAUUAACGAGGAAAUUAAUUACGUACUCGAAUUGAGGAGGAGAAGAGAAGUACCAAGUGAAGACCUUAUGAGAGAGCAACUAGCUGAGAAAUUUCCUAACCUAUCUAAUUUAUCAUAUGAUGAUCUAAUGGAUAGGGGAGACAGACUGUUAAAUGAAUUAAUACUAUCCGAUUUGGAUGAAGACAGUUUCAAAGAAAAGUCGGAAGAACUGAGGUACGUUAGAAUGCUAUCAAAUGAUUACCAAAGAGAGUCAAACUUAAAUAAACUUCUCAACUUAAGAGACAAAGUGAAAAAGAGGGAUCUCAUUAAACGGGAUGAUCGUAGGAGACUGCAGAGGCUCAGGUUAUGGGCAAGGGAGAAUGCAGGCAUCUUAUCAGCUGUUCUAAUUUCCUCAUCAGCUGUAAUCAUAGGACUGGUAGCUUCAACUAGAAACAUAUUAUGGAAAUUAGGUGACACAACAGGAAAACUCGAUAAGCGGAUUAGUGAGUUGGCAAACAAUCAAAUAGAACUACCACCUGUAUUCCAGAAGAUAGCCGAUGGAGUAGAGUUGGCAGCGGAUAAUAUAUGGAUAAUCAUUAUAUGCGCAGCAGCAGUUUUACUUUAUCAGUACAGUUAA